GAAAAUGACAGAAAAUUGGUGAAGACAUUGACACAAUUUCAGUGGAAAGGAUCGCUCAGCUGGCCGGCUGCGGCCGCAUUUAGGAGCACGCGCUUUCAGCCGUGCGAAUUAAUUAAUUGAUGCACAACGCAAUUAUUUUUGUACUACACUUGACAGCAAAUCAUCUGCUAAAUAUACAGAUCUGUAUUUUGAUCAUUAAAUCACUCGCUGCGGGACAAUGUGCACCGAUGUGAGAUAAACGACGGAUUUUCACGUCGUCGUGAGAACUUGAGGAGGAUUCGACAGAAGAAAUAUAUUCUUUUGCGAGUAUUUCAUGGUCUGCGGAUUAACAUUGUCUCGCACGCGCUCAAGUGAGUCUUGAAAGUAGGAUCAUGGCAGUGUCGAUCAACGAGAUCUGCGAGAACACGAAACUCGCCCGCGAAAUGGCACUGAUGGGGAACUACGACACGUCCGGGGUCUACUACCAAGGAGUCGUGCAGCAGAUACACAGGCUGCUCGCGACCAUAGCGGACGCAACGCGCAAAGCGAAGUGGCAAGUUGUGCAGCACCAGAUCGUCGAGGAGUUCGAGAAAGUGAAGGCCACGUCCAACACGCUGCAGCUCUUUAAAGUGGAUACGCAUGGAGAGAGACUGCUGGGAACGUCUUGUCUGUCCUUCGAGGAGCCGACGCGAGAGCCUGCUUUAUGGUCUUACGGCAACUCGGAUCCAUCCUGGAACCAGACCCCAGCCAGGGAUCCCGAUGUGUGGCCUCCUUUGACUCCAGCGGAACAAAAAAAUUCGAGGCAACAGAAGGUCCAACAAAAGCAGCAGAACCGGACAAAUCCUAGAAGAUCUCUCCCUGCAGGUAAAAAGCCGGAUAGCAAGGUCAUUGGCAAGAGGGAUGACAAGAAGCCUGCUAAGAAGGAUGAUGCAAAUAAGGACAAGUCGGAAACGGAAAAGGAUGAUGUCGAACUGGAGGAGCGUAAGUUUGAGCCCUCCUCCACCGAUAAGGACCUUGUGGAAAUAUUAGAGAGAGACAUCGUCCAGAAGAAUCCAAAUAUCCAUUGGGACGACAUAGCAGACUUGCACGAGGCGAAGCGACUGUUGGAGGAAGCCGUUGUGCUCCCGAUGUGGAUGCCUGAUUUUUUCAAAGGAAUCAGACGGCCAUGGAAAGGAGUGCUCAUGGUUGGGCCGCCAGGCACGGGCAAAACUAUGCUCGCGAAGGCCGUUGCGACCGAGUGCGGCACGACGUUCUUCAAUGUCUCGUCCUCCACGUUAACGUCAAAGUACAGGGGUGAAUCGGAGAAACUCGUCCGGCUGUUAUUCGAGAUGGCUAGAUUUUAUGCGCCCAGUACAAUCUUCAUUGACGAGAUCGACUCUCUGUGCUCCAGAAGAGGAUCCGAGUCGGAACACGAGGCUUCGCGUCGCGUAAAGUCCGAGCUUCUUGUUCAAAUGGACGGAAUAAGCUCCAACAGCGAGGAUCCAAGUAAAGUAGUGAUGGUGCUAGCAGCGACAAAUUUCCCAUGGGAUAUCGAUGAAGCUCUGAGGAGACGCCUAGAAAAGCGAAUUUACAUUCCGCUACCGAAUCACGAAGGCAGGGAAGCGCUGUUAAGGAUAAAUCUUCGCGAGGUCAAGGUGGACUCGUCCGUAAAUCUGACCGAUAUCGCGAGAAAGCUCGAGGGCUACUCCGGUGCCGACAUCACCAACGUUUGCAGGGACGCUUCCAUGAUGCUGAUGCGAAAGAAAAUCGCUGGUCUCAGGCCCGAUCAGAUCCGCCAGCUGCCGAAGGAGGAGCUGGACCUGCCCGUGUCCGCUGCGGACUUCGACGAGGCGGUCGAGCGAUGCAACAAGAGCGUUUCCCAGGAGGACUUGGAGAAAUACGAGAAAUGGAUGAGCGAAUUCGGCUCGUCUUGAUAUCACUCCGUCAAGAAAUGAUGACGCCUAACUCACUGACAACCUCGUUGCUCUUGUAUGACGCACAAUGCUACAUUAUUUCCUUUAACACGCAUAUAUACGCGCGCAUAAAACGAGCUUACGCUUUCUUAAUCCUUCGCGAACUCCCGAGGGACUUCACGGUCGUCCGUUUCUCUUUAAGAAAAUCAAAUCGGAAAGUAAGACUGCCUGCUGAGAAUUGUGAUAGACGCUCGUAACGCUUGGAUGAUCCUUCCUAAUGUUCCUCGUCCGUAACAUCGAGAAGACUCGACCGAUAACGAAUUAACGGCAAUUUAACGGAAUUUUUAGUUGAUGUAUUCCACUGACCAUAUCUGAGCAUAAACUUAUAUUUGUCAUAUCAUACAUAGUAACUAACUGGAAAGGUAUCGAUACUUCACGUUUGAUGCGUGUACGUCGUACACACUUUUAAUGUUUCUUCGGAGCGCAACCCUCUUUGCGCAACUUUCUCGUUUCCUCGUCUGUGUGUUUGGAUUCUUUCGGUGCCUUGUAAUUAGAAACGUGAUCCACUCGUAUUACCCUACCGAGAAUCUGUAAAAGGGAAAGACAAAUAUUAGAAUCACUGUACUCAUACUCCGUAUCACCAGAAAUACUCUUUGAGCAGUUAUGAUUUACAACCAACCAGUUCCGUCACGCGAAAGACGAUGACGUAGACGCGAAUAGUACACUGCCGUUUUAUUUAAAAAGAUAAUUUAAAAAUAACGUGUCAUGUAUUCGUGCACACACGCGUGUGAGACAGCUAUUACUAUUCCGCUAAAUAUUUAUUUAAUAUUGUUAACAAGAGUAAAGAUAUUUAUUGUAUUAGUCGAGUUAA